AUGGCUGGAGUUCAAGCUGCCUCUCGCCUCCUCUCCAAGAGGCUACUGUCCUCCAGGAAGGGCCCUGCUACGGCAGUUCAAGGUGCAAAAAACCUGCACUUUUCCAUCUAUGGCAAGAGAAAUGCCAAGGUUUCUGAUGAUAUCUCCAAUCAGUACCCAGUAGUAGAUCAUGAGUUUGAUGCCGUGGUGGUUGGCGCUGGAGGAGCGGGACUUCGGGCAGCUUUUGGCCUGUCUGAGGCUGGCUUUAACACUGCCUGUGUCACCAAGCUUUUUCCCACCAGGUCUCACACUGUUGCAGCACAGGGUGGAAUCAAUGCAGCUCUUGGUAACAUGGAGAAUGAUGACUGGCGGUGGCAUUUCUACGACACAGUGAAGGGUUCUGAUUGGCUAGGGGACCAGGAUGCCAUCCAUUACAUGACGGAACAGGCUCCAGCAGCUGUGGUUGAGUUGGAGAACUUCGGCAUGCCGUUCAGUCGCACUGAGGAUGGAAAGAUCUACCAGAGGGCGUUUGGAGGUCAGAGUCUCAAAUAUGGCAAAGGAGGCCAAGCCCACCGCUGCUGCUGUGUUGCUGACAGGACUGGUCAUUCAUUACUUCACACUCUGUAUGGACGGUCGCUGCGUUACGACACUAGUUACUUUGUGGAAUACUUUGCGCUGGACCUGCUGAUGGAAGAUGGCGAGUGCAAAGGUGUGAUUGCGCUCUGCAUGGAGGACGGAUCUAUUCAUCGUAUCAGAGCUCAGAAUACCGUCAUCGCUACCGGGGGUUAUGGUCGAACCUAUUUCAGCUGCACUUCGGCUCAUACUAGUACCGGCGAUGGAAAUGCCAUGGUAACCAGAGCAGGUCUGCCCUGCCAGGACUUGGAGUUUGUACAGUUCCAUCCCACUGGGAUCUAUGGAGCAGGUUGUUUAAUUACCGAGGGCUGCCGUGGUGAAGGAGGCAUUCUCAUCAACAGCGAAGGUGAGCGAUUCAUGGAGCGCUACGCGCCCAACGCCAAAGACUUGGCCUCCCGAGAUGUGGUGUCCCGCUCCAUGACCAUAGAAAUCAGAGAGGGCAGGGGUGUGGGUCCAGAUAAGGACCACGUAUACCUGCAGCUACACCACCUGCCUCCGCAGCAGCUCGCCACAAGGCUGCCAGGCAUUUCUGAGACUGCAAUGAUCUUUGCCGGAGUGGAUGUCACUAAGGAGCCGAUCCCCGUCCUGCCAACCGUCCACUAUAACAUGGGAGGUAUACCUACAAACUAUAAGGGCCAGGUGAUCACGCACACUAACGGCGAGGAUAAGGUGGUUCGUGGACUGUACGCCUGUGGAGAGGCUGCAUGUGCAAGUGUUCAUGGUGCCAACCGACUAGGUGCCAACUCUCUUUUGGAUUUGGUGGUGUUUGGCAGAGCCUGCGCCCUCACCAUCGCUGAGGAGCACAAACCUGGUGAGGCGCUUUCCCCUCUGAAGUCCAGUGCAGGAGAAGAGUCUGUGGCCAACCUCGAUAAAAUGCGGUUUGCCAAUGGAAGUCUGCGAACCUCUGAAAUCAGGCUCAAUAUGCAGAAGGCCAUGCAAGCCCACGCUGCUGUAUUCCGUACUGGUUCUGUCCUGAAGGAGGGUUGUGACAAAUUGGAUGCCAUUUACCAGACUAUGGAAGAUAUCAAGACCUUUGAUCGAGGCAUUGUGUGGAACACGGACCUAGUGGAAACACUGGAGCUGCAGAAUUUGAUGCUGAACGCCGUCCAGACCAUUCACUCAGCUGAGCAGAGGAAGGAAAGUCGAGGAGCUCACGCCAGAGAGGACUUCAAGGAUCGCAUUGAUGAGUACGAUUACUCAAAGCCCUUGCAGGGUCAGGAAAAGAAGCCCUUUGACCAGCACUGGAGGAAGCACACCAUGUCCUAUGUUGACCCCAAAACUGGGAAGGUGACCUUGGAAUACCGUCCUGUCAUUGACCACUCUCUGGAUGAACAGGACUGUGCCCAUGUUCCUCCCGCUAUCCGUUCUUAUUAA